AUGUCCUGGAGCUGUCAACGAUGUCGGCAACCGCUACUUCUGCAUCCUUCGGUGUCGUCGGAUCUCGAUCUCAACCAGUCGGCCUACGAUCUGGUGCAGGACUCGUUCAUUGCUCCCAGGCACGCACAAGCAUCCACAUCUCAAGUGCAGCCAUUUCUGAAGAGCGAACAAACGGAUGCAGCUGCAACGUCGGCGUCGAGCUCUGCCGCAGGAGCGGGCUCGAGUGAUCCAAACUCGCUCAGUGCACGUCUAGCCGCUUCCUCCGCGCUGUUCGAUCUGCUCUCGCAUCCGCCUACCUCUCAGAAUGGACGCUCGUCACCAUCGGCAUAUCGGAGCGGGAAGAAAGCUUUGAAUCUGCGUUCAAAGGCUUCUACGUCGACGGUGAUCGACCAUCCGCUUUGCAAGACAUGUACGGAUACGCUGUUGGACAUUAUGGAUUCGCAAAUGUCGCAAGUGCGGUCGCAGCGAGACUCGUACCUCGCUUUCGAGGCCGAAUUGCGCAGAUACAAAGUGCUACCCCCGACAAGCCAACGUCGAGGCUCCUCAUCUUCCUCGACAGCAGACGACUCCCUGGACACGGCGGCGAUGCAACAAGCACAACAAGAGGAGCUUGAGUCGCUGCAACACGAAAUCUCGCAGCUGCUCAUGGACGAAUCUUCCGCCCUGUCCGAGCUCAAAGACGCCGAAGAAGCACGACUGUCCGUCGAGGCGCAACUUUCCACCCUCGCCGAGGAAGAAUAUGCGCUGCAGCAGGAGGAAGAACGCUUCUGGUCGCAGUACUCGCAACACUCGCUGACCUUGUCCAAGCUGGAAGAGGAGAAGGCAUCGCUCGCGAUGGCGGUGGCGCACGACAAAGAGCUGCUCUCAAGGUUGCGAUCCACCAACGUGUAUACGGAUGCUUUCUGCAUCGGACACUCUGGUGGAAUUGCGACGAUCAACGGGUUGCGGCUGGGUCGAUUACCGGGCCAAGCGGUGGAGUGGAACGAGAUCAACGCUGCGUGGGGUCAAACAGCGCUAUUGUUGGAUGUGGUGGCGAGAAAACUGGGUGUAGGCUUCCGAGGGUACAGGUUGAUACCGAAGGGAUCGUUCAGCGUGGUGUACAGAUACGAGGAUUCGAGAUCGCAGCAUUACAGCGCUUCGGCUGCUUCAACAUUCCUUUCGACUUCAAACGACGCCGCCGAGACAGAGGCAGAAGACGGCAUGGGAGAAAAGACAGUGUACGAGCUAUACGGGUCUUCCGACUGGCAGAUCGGUCGACUGUUGCAGAGCAGACGAUUCGAUCAUGCGCAGACAGGGUUCUUGGCCUGUCUCAAACAGGUUGUGGACUAUGCGGCGAAGGAGGACGCGAGCUUUCAGACGCCGCACGCGAUCAACAAGGACAAGAUCGGAGAGGCGAGCAUCAGGCUGCAGUUCGGAAGCGAUGAGACGUGGACUAGGGCGUUGAGGAAUGUGCUGGUGACGUGCAAUCGGGUGCUCAUGUGGAUGCUGGAGAGGGAGAGGCGGCGAGGGCAGCAAGAGAGCGCAGCAUCGCUGGGGAGCGUUGGGAAGGAUGUAGCUACCGGCGGAGCGGGCGGAGGCGGACUGCGGCCGGGUCAGGGUGUGACUGCUUGA